AACAAAAUGGACGAUUCGGAGCGAGUAAUAUUUACAGAAACGAAUAAAAUUAAACUAUGAAUACAGUCUAAACGAAAACAACAUAACUUUUUCAUGUUUCUCUUUUACGAACUACUGAAGUGCUAUCAUUGCUUUGUAUAAUAACAUCAGCGAUAUUAAUGACGUUGUACCGUGGACGCACUACCAGCGCUCAAAAUAUGUCCCAACCGUGUGGUGCUUAGUCACCGCGUAAGCACUGUCUCGCUCAGUCGUGUGCUAGACGUCGAGAACUCAAUAUGCCAAAGUGCGCCGUGAAAAAUUGCAAAAGCAACACAUUAACCACCAAAAAAAAGGAUGGGGUGUCUUAUUUUCGAUUCCCAAUAAAUGAAACGGAAAGAGAAAAAUGGCGGACCAUCAUAGCCACAGAGAGAAGAGAAGAAUCUUUUAAACCUAAUAAUUCAAGCGUUGUUUGUUCAAAUCAUUUUUUGGAAAAUGAUUUUUACUUCACAAAAUGUGGCCGAAGAAAAGUAAAGAAAAAUAUUCUUCCACGAGUUGUGAAAACUGAGAGAGAAAAUGAAGAUGAAACGGAAAUGCGAACAGACGUAAAUGAUCUAAGUACGCCACCACCGACACCAUCAGGAGUAACUUUAACUAUCGACUCACUAAUAACAUCGGCCUGUCAAAAACUUAUCUAUAAAACUGAGAGAGAAAAUGAAGAUGAAAAUAAAACACAAACAGACCUAAAUGAUCGAAGGACAUCACCACCGACAUCAGCAGGAGUAACUUUAAUGGUCGACUCUCCAAAAACAUCGGCUUGUCAAAAAUUUAUAUGUAAAACUGAGAGCGAAAAUGAAGAUGAAAACAAAAUGCGAACAGACGUAAAUAAUCAACGGACACCACCACCGACAUCAUCAGUUGUAACCAUAACUGUGGAGUCGCCAAAAACAUCAGCUUUUAAAAAAUCUCUGGAAACUUGUCAAAAAUUUAUCGAAUUGAAAAAUAGACAGAUUAUUAAUUUAAAGAAGAAAAACAAGAGGCUAAUGAAAAAAUGUCUGAACUUAAAAGGAAAGGUAACAGAUUUAAAGAAGGAACUUCGGGUACACAAACCUUCGAAGAAAACACUGAAUACUACUGUGAACGAAUUUACUAUAGUACGAGAUAUAUUAACAGCAAAAAGAAAAGUCCCAUUUGGCACAUAUCCACCUGAUCUUCGAAAAUUUUCAUUGAACAUGUAUUCCCACUCACCAAAUGCCUACAAAUAUCUACGUGAAGUAUUCUCUGAAACUUUGCCACAUCCUAAUACAUUAAUGAGGUGGCAAAAGCCUAAAACUGUCCAAUGGCCUGACCCAAAUUUCGUUAUAGUAGAGAUUCCAGAGAUUAAUCACGAUUAAAAAUGUUUGUACAUACAUUUGUUGGUAAAGUAUAGAAUAGACCUUAAACAACAGACAGUAUUAUUAGAAACGUCCCUACGCAAAUUUCGGCAGUAAAUAGCCUAUUCACUUUUUUUUAUAUUUACAGUGUUUAACUAAAGAAAAAGUUGCAUAUCCAUCGAAGCUUUUUAAAAUGAGUAUCUUAGUAAAAAUUUUAAAAUAAAGCAGUAGUGGAUUACUAGAUAGCUUGGUGAUUAUCACUUCCAUUUGUUAAAAGCAGUUAGCGAAAAGGCCUACUGAACUGUCGACAAAAUGUGAUGCGUGAGUCAUCACUGCACGAACGUUUAUAAAACACCUUAGCAUAAUGAAUGCCUCGAUCAUUAUGAAUGAAUAUGAAAACUUACAUAGUUAUAUAAUAAUUAUGAUAUCUUUUUAUAUUUACCCUUUAGAACGACAUAAAUGUCUGUGACGAACGAUAUCGGUAAUAAUGAUGAUUAUGGUAAGAAUAUUGAAUUAAAUAAUAUACAUACUAUUAAUAGUAUUUUUUAUUUAUCACAUUUUUAGAUGACCCUCUCUAAGCCCAUGGUUGGGAAAUCGUGAAUCAUCAUUUAAAUGCUACAUUUAUUUAUAAAUUUAUAAAUAAAUGUAGCAUUUAAAUGAGGAUUCACAAUUUUUUGACAAAAAAAAAUCAGUUUAUGAUUAUUUGAUGUGCGCCGGACUGUUCAAAGAAAAGAUUUAAGUAUAAUAGGUACUUAUAGAAAGUACUAUAAAUAAAUAAGGGGUAGAUAUACAAAACCAAGAAUGAAAAUAUAACGCAAUAUCAGUCUUUUAUUAAAUCAAAGCCGGGUGUGAUUCAGUUGAGAUAUUUGAGCAGUUCCUCGACAUCCUUCUUGGAUCCGAGGAAGCAGGGCGCUCGCUGAUGUAUACUGGUGGGGACCAAGUCUAGUACUGGUUGCUUUCCGGUGCUGGCCAACCCGCCCGCUUCCGUCACUAUGAACGACAUUGGGUUGCACUCGUAGAGUAGUCGAAGCUGCGGACAAUAAAGAUACUUAUAUUACCGAGUUUUAAUUAUUAAUGCUUUGUAAGUUGUCCCGCCAAACAAAGAAAUUCGGAGAACCCGACUGCAGCACAAUCUAACGGUUCUAUUUGUGAAAUACAUACGAACGAACACUGCCAUGAAGGGUUCCGUAGCAGGAAGUAACAUAAUAUAAAAUUUCUUGUAGUUCGUUGUAACUUUGAUCGAUGUCAUAAUAAUAGUGUAUUUUUUAAAAUUAAGUUAUUGAUUUAUUUUAGGAAAUAAUGGUUCACGGUUUAUGUUUAUGAAAUUAAAUUUUAAUUUUUAUAUUUGAGUUGAUUGAAUAAAAGGUAAAUUGCGGUUUAAGAUUUAUGACGGAUUAAAAAAACUACUUACUAGAUCUCGUUCUAACCAAUUUUCGGUGGAAGUUUGCAUGGUUAUGUACAUCAUAUUUUUUUUUAGUUUUAUAAUUCUCUUAUUUUAGAAGUUACAGGGGGGGGGGGGACCCACACAUCUUACCGCUUAGAAAAAAAAAGAAAACAUAUUAGAAACCUCAAUAUGCCAUACGGACGGACAGACAGACAUGACGAAUCUAUAAGUACAUAAUUUUUCCUUCGACGCGACAAUGGUGACGGGGAACACGAUGGAACACCACUUAACACGGGCCGUACGCAUUGUCUACGGACAACUGCUCCAUCUUUUGUACGUAGCGGUUGAGGCAGUCUUCCCAUUCCGACUGCAUUGAAUCUAUGGUUAUUAGGCGCGACCUCGGUGGCGGGAUACAUGAAGAUGCAACCGUACUUAAUGGUGCGAUGCACGUCCACCACCAAGGAGCUAGCGGAGCGUACGCCUUGCCUACUGACGGCUGCUGCUUCUCUUCAAUGUACCUCUCGAGACCGGCCUCCCAUUACAACUGCAUUGAAUCUAUGGAUAUUAGAUGCUAUAGAUUGCCUUCCCGUUAGGCGCGACAAUGGUAGCGGGGAACAUUAUGGUAACCCGCGCCGUACUCCUUGCCUACGGACGGCUGCUUCU